AUGCUGCCCAGCGCCCUGUACUGGGACCUGGUGGGCUCCUCGGCUCUCCUCAACCUGCCGGCAGCGCCGGGCUUCGGCAACCUGGGCAAAAGUUUCCUCAUCGAGAACUUGCUGCGGGCCGGGGCGCCGCAGAGCCCUGCCCAGCUCCGUCCCCUCCCCGCCAGCCCCGUCCCCCUCAAGCUGUGCCCCGCGGCGGAACAAAUCAGCCCCUCGGGGGGUCCCUUCCCGACACGGUGGGCUUUUCAAGUGCUUAACCCCUCGGCGGCGGACGGCGGCCGCCUGCCAGCGCGGGCUCCGACGGCGGACAGAGGCGGCGUCUUCCCGCCGGCGGCCACAGCUCUUUCCAAACACUUUUUUCUCCGAGCCCCGCCAUUCUACUCAGCAUGCUGCGGUGGGUCCUGUCAGCACCCUGCAUCCCCCACUGCUUUUCCAAGAGAGGAAAGUGUCCUGCCUCUUCUGACCCAGGAGUCUAACUCCAAAGCCCGGAGAGGUAUAUUACGAAGAGCUGUCUUUUCUGAAGACCAGAGGAAAGCUUUGGAGAAAAUGUUUCAGAAGCAGAAGUAUAUCAGUAAAACAGACAGGAAGAAACUGGCCAUUAACCUGGGUCUAAAGGAGUCUCAGGUGAAAAUUUGGUUUCAGAAUCGAAGGAUGAAGUGGCGAAACUCCAAAGAAAAAGAAGUGCUUUCAAACAGGUGCCUCCAAGAAGGUCUUCAGGAGAACUACCUCUCACAAUCCACUAUGAAUUUUACUUCCCCAUGCCCCUCUGUGUGGGAAGUGUCUCAGGAGCAGGCAAGUCCAAGGUGGAAGGAGAAGUCUCCAGGAAAUUCUGAAAGACUGGCUAGUACGCAACCACCUCCAAGAGCAAAUUCAUCGCAGAGCCCACUGUAUUUGUAUCCUGACCAAGACACUGCAAAUAAGGCAGUUACAUCAUCAGCUUAA